GCAGGAUUCCGGACAACGCCUGGUUCCUCUCGGGUCCUUCCGGCGUCGCCGGAGUGAAUUGAUCCGGGAGUUGAAGAGGGCUUCAAAGGUGGGAAGUGAAGUCAGUACCUCAGUAACCGGUCAGUAUAUGUUUUGUGCUUUAUUCUUUUAUCACAAAAAAGAGAAGAAAGACUGCAGUGAAUGAAGAUUCCUCUGCAUUUUAGCACUGCUUUUUCUACUGUAGUUGGCUUUUGAAUGAGGAUGACAAUGGAAGAGAUGAAGAAUGAAGCUGAGACCACUUCUAUGGUUUCUAUGCCCCUCUAUGCAGUCAUGUAUCCUGUGUUUAAUGAGCUAGAACGAGUAAAUCUGUCUGCAGCUCAGACACUGAGAGCAGCUUUCAUUAAGGCUGAAAAAGAAAAUCCAGGACUCACGCAAGACAUAAUUAUGAAAAUUUUAGAGAAAAAAAGUGUAGAAGUCAACUUCACAGAAUCCCUUCUUCGAAUGGCAGCUGAUGAUGUAGAAGAGUAUAUGAUUGAACGACCGGAGCCAGAAUUCCAGGACCUAAAUGAAAAGGCACGAGCACUUAAACAAAUUCUCAGUAAGAUCCCAGAUGAGAUCAACGACAGAGUGAGGUUUCUGCAGACAAUCAAGGAUAUAGCUAGUGCAAUAAAAGAACUUCUUGAUACAGUAAACAAUGUCUUCAAGAAAUAUCAAUACCAGAACCGCAGGGCACUCGAACACCAAAAGAAAGAAUUCGUAAAGUACUCUAAAAGUUUCAGUGAUACUCUGAAAACCUAUUUUAAGGAUGGCAAGGCAAUAAAUGUGUUCAUAAGUGCCAACCGACUAAUUCAUCAAACCAACUUGAUACUUCAGACCUUCAAAACUGUGGCCUGAGAGUUGUAUAUGUUAAGAGAUGUACUUCUCAGUGGCAGUAUUGGACUGCCUUUAUCUGUAAAUUUUAAAGUUUGACUGUAUAAAUUAUCAGUCCCUCCUGAAGGGAUCUAAUAAUCCAGGAUGUUGAAUGGGAUUAUUGCCAUCUUACACCAUAUUUUUGUAAAAUGUAGCUUAAUCAUAAUCUCACACUGAAGAUUUUGCAUCACUUUUGCUAUUAUCAUUCUUUUAAGAAUUAUAAGCCAAAAG